CAUGACUUGUUCUUACGAUGUGAUCAGUUUCUAAAAAUCAUGACAAAAUGGCAGUAAAGGAUUUGAACGUGACAACGGUCAUUGACAGUGGUUUCAUGGAAAGUGACCAGUCGACGCGGGUUCUGACCGGUUGCUUUCUUUCCCUUCUAAUCCUCUCCACCCUGCUUGGGAACACACUGGUUUGUGCAGCUGUCACAAAGUUCCGGCACCUGCGCUCUAAAGUCACAAACUUUUUUGUCAUCUCGCUGGCUGUGUCAGACCUGCUGGUGGCCAUUCUUGUCAUGCCCUGGAAAGCUGUGACAGAGGUAGCCGGCUUCUGGCCCUUUGGUGCAUUCUGUGACAUUUGGGUCGCAUUCGAUAUCAUGUGCUCCACGGCUUCCAUCCUGAAUCUCUGUGUUAUCAGCGUGGACCGAUACUGGGCCAUUUCCAGCCCCUUCCGCUAUGAGAGGAAGAUGACUCCCAGGGUGGCUUUUGUGAUGAUCAGCGUAGCUUGGACCCUGUCUGUGCUCAUCUCCUUCAUCCCAGUACAGCUCAAAUGGCACAAAGCACAGCCAACGAGCUUCCCAGAGGCCAAUGCUUCUCACAGAGCUUUGCUGACGGACAACUGUGACUCCAGCCUCAACCGAACAUAUGCCAUUUCCUCUUCGCUCAUCAGCUUCUACAUUCCCGUCGCCAUCAUGAUUGUAACAUACACCCAGAUUUACAGAAUCGCCCAGAAGCAGAUCCGACGGAUCUCGGCUCUGGAAAGGGCUGCGGAGAGCGCCAAGAUCCGCCAUGAUAGCAUGGGCAGCAGCUCCAAUGUGGACUCGGAAAGCUCCUUCAAGUUGUCAUUCAAAAGGGAGACGAAAGUCUUAAAAACCUUGUCUGUUAUAAUGGGGGUUUUUGUGUGCUGCUGGUUGCCCUUUUUUAUCCUGAACUGCAUGGUGCCGUUUUGUAAGAGCACUUCAGCCGGUCUCCCCUGCAUCAGUCCAACAACUUUUGAUGUUUUUGUCUGGUUUGGAUGGGCUAACUCUUCUCUCAAUCCUAUAAUAUACGCCUUCAAUGCCGACUUUCGCCGAGCUUUUGCCAUCCUUUUGGGAUGCCAGAGACUCUGUCCAGGAAGCAAUAGCAUGGAGACACCAAGCCUGAACAAGAACUGAAAAGCAGCCCUCAUGUCACACCAAUCCUUUGCCAACGAAUGCUGUUGGAAAAGGAAGGAAAUGGAUUUGGGAUUAAGACUCUGGGAAGAGAGCCCUCCUGCUGUGCUGGAGAGCAAGGGAAACUGUUGCGACGUCCCUAAAGUGAGAUAAUCUCUGCAAAAAGCUGUAUUUCCCCAAAGAAUGACGCAAAGGUGGUCUGUGUGUUCCCAGUGUCUAUUUUAGACAAAGCUACUCAAAAGAUCAUUAAAUCCACAAGUGACUUGCUGAAAUGAGAGAAGCAAUGUUUUAUCAAAAGAAAUGUUUCUUUGCAAUUUAUUUUACAGUACUAAAUGAGUACUUAGUGUACUACUUUA